AUGGUUCAAUCCAGACUGAUGGUGUCGUCAUUGGUGCGAGGAGAGACUGCUGAUCUUGUUGCGCGGGAGCCUGAGUACUCGAGAUUUGAUGAGUACUCGAGGUUUGAUCAGUACUCGAGGUUUGAUCAGUACUCGAGGUUUGAUCAGUACUCGAGGUUUGAUGAGUACUCGAGGUUUGAUCUGUACUCGAGGUUUGAUGAGUACUCGAGGUUUGAUCUGUACUCGAGGUUUGAUCUGUACUCGAGGUUUGAUGAGUACUCGAGGUUUGAUCAGUACUCGAGGUUUGAUCAGUAUUCGAGGUUUGAUCAGUACUCGAGGUUUGAUCUGUACUCGAGGUUUGAUCAGUACUCGAGGUUUGAUCAGUACUCGAGGUUUGAUCUGUACUCGAGGUUUGAUCUGUACUCGAGGUUUGAUCAGUACUCUAGGUUUGAUCCGUACUCGAGUCCACAUCUUGAUCCUAAUACAUGGCCCAUCUUGAUGCAAUACACAGCCCACAUCUUGAUCUAA